AUACAUUGUCAUAGCUAGACAAAACAUGCUGGGAAUCUGUACACAUUUGCUAGUUGGAACUAAGAACUGGUUACUUCGCUUACAUUAGGAGACAGACGAACGAUUGCAUAAGGCAGCUGCCACACGAAGCAUCGCUCCGUCCAUCAAAAGACGCUCAACAUAUUUCACCCAUGUGUACUUGAUCAUCACUGAGCCUGAUUUGAGGUUUAAGUGUGUUUAGUGUUAUUUCUUAGCGUUAUUGCUAUUUUUAAUAAUGGUUAUAGCGGCGUUAUUAGCUAAACCCGUAGUGGUCAUAGUAUGAGAAAUUGUUUAUGUGAGCACGUUUAUCUACGACUGGUGUGUUAUGCACACACACGGCCUAGUGUAGUGUCCAUAUGUUGCUGUGGAGAGUCACGUCCAAGGCGCGGUCGCGAAGACUAAAAAACUUCGAAGCUUGAAUGAACCUGAAGCUUUCAGUCUUAACCGACGCCACCGCCGCGCUAGCACAACCGUCACCGAUUCGAUAUCACAGCCUUUAUUUAGCCUUGGCCUAGACCUUCUGCCAGUGACCACAUCCUUCGCCGAUAGUCACCUGCGUUAGGUGUACCCCAUUCCGCGCCUUAAGAUUGUUAUGUGAGUCGUCUCCUAUUACGACGGACGAGAUCGCGCAGUGCACAUGCUUAAGAUAUUCUUUAUAGUCUCUUUUUUUCGGAACCAUCACAAGUUUCCCCUCUUCUUCGCCACCUUUUACCGCUGUGCACCCUUUUUUCGGAAUGAACUGCAGAACUUGCUACAGUAUGUGUGUCUAUGUAUGCACUUUGUCGUUCUGAUCGUAGUUCCCAAUGCUUCGAAAUGACGAAAUUUCGGGCCUGCAAGUCCUUCUGUUUCUUGACUGUCCCUUCCCGUCUAGAUUCGCCAACUUAUUCUCGCUCGCUUUCGUACGCACAUGCAUGUAGACUAUGAUGACGAUCUCUGUAUAGAUAUAUAGACCCAUAUACAUAUAUAUGUGUAUGUGUGUGUCUUAGACGGCCAGUGAUCGGCCAGCCGACAGCGGUUCGUAAUGCAUCGGCAGUGUCCGGUACUUCGACGGCGUUCAACUGGUCAGAAGAAAAUGAAACAAGAAGGAGCGGGCAGAAGUGUCCAGCUGUUCAAGGCAUCGCCACUACUCUUAUUGCUGUCGAUCCUUCCGCUGAUGCUAAUGUUUCUCUGUACUGUUACAGCCGUCACUACCAUGGACGCAAAACCUACUCCGAAGAUAGCAGUAGCAGUUGCCAGGAUGAAGGAGAGUACGGACGCUGGUGGCAACGGUGGCGGGGGCGGCCUUGGGGGCCCAACAAUGCUACCUUACCGGUUGGGACUGGCGCAGUUCUUCAACUUGUCGUUUCCGACGUCCACGCUUGCCGAUACCCAGCCACCGACAGCGUCGUCUACGACUGGCGAUGAUUUGAUUUUACCCCUUCCUUCAGGCACCAAAACAGGCAAUGGCACGAGUGGUAGAUCAGCGAAUUCGCCGACAAACGGCUCUUCGAGUGCGGCAAACGCUGCCGCUAACGGACAGAAUCGAGACAAGUUGUUCCAAUGUGGCGUGUGCAGUCGCUCAUUUGGCUACAAGCACGUGUUGCAGAACCACGAACGGACCCAUACGGGUGAGAAGCCCUUCGAGUGUAAGGAGUGCAAGAAACGAUUUACCAGGGACCAUCAUCUCAAGACACAUAUGAGGUUGCAUACCGGCGAAAAGCCAUACCACUGUACGCACUGCGAGCGACAGUUUGUGCAGGUGGCUAAUCUGCGUCGCCACCUGCGAGUGCAUACAGGCGAAAAACCAUACGCCUGUGAACUCUGCUCUUCGAAGUUCAGCGACUCCAAUCAGCUCAAAUCACACAAUUUAAUUCAUAAAGGAGAAAAGCCGUUUACGUGUAAUCUAUGUAUGGGUAGAUUUCGUAGGCGACAUCAUCUUAUGCACCACAAAUGCCCCAAGGACCCGAACGGUCAGGCGGUGGUAUCGAGCAACGAUCUCGGCUCGUCAUCCCCCCCAUCGCCGGACUCUCCCGUGUUGUCCUCCCUAUCCCUUGUGUCGGUCGGGUCGCUCGGGGCCAAAAGUCCGCCCCCUCCGCUCACCUCCUUUGACUCAACCCACACAUCGCCCACCGCCGCCCAGGUUACCAGUAUGCCUCCGUUUACGCAGCUCUUGCGUGGCUCCGACAUCUCGACAACCGAACUACUCCGACAAUUCCAGUCACCUCUUCCGCUAACGAGUUUGACACCGCCGACGCCCAGCUCGCCAACGCUUCCCGCCCUCUUGCCAAUUCCGCCCGCACACCUUCAGCUGCUCCAGGCGCAGGCUGCUCAGGCGUCCCAGGCUCGGACGCAACAGCCGCCUUCGCAACUGAUGGCCAGCCUGGUCACACUUGGUACGGGCGCACUGGCUAAUAUUAAACUGCCAACUUCCGCCGAGAAGGUGAGCCGUCGAAAACCUAAACACACGGUGCGCAUCCUAUCGGCGGAACAACAACGCGAGCUGUUCGUCGCACAUCGUCCACCCGACUCCGUGCAAACGGAACCCCUUGAUAUGAGCGCAAAGAAAGGCGGCUUCGUCCUAGGGGACGUGCUGCGGAACAACGGCGCCGACAAGUUGGGUCGCGACAACGACAAACUGCCAACGUCGACCGGUAUCGACGGCGUGCUUGACCUAUCCAGCUCGCGUUCGUCAAGUCUGCGCAGCGACAGUGAGCUGGAUGCGGCCAGCAGCACGGCGGGGCACCCGUUCCCUGACGAUGAUCAGAGCUCGUUGACGCCGGACCCGCACGACAGCCAUGAAGUUGAGGCCGACACUGCCGGAGAUCGGGACAUCGGCACGAUGUACGAUCGCAUGCACCAUCGCAUCAGUCGCCACCAACACGAUCCCCAUCACAACGAUCAUGAGCAUGAUACAAUGGUUGAUGAUGAUGAUGAUGAGGACGGCGACGAGGCCAUGAUGGAGUCAGAAGGCUCCGAAGGCGAUUUGUCGCUGCGAAAGUCGCUCACUCCUAUCAAUCCACUUGGUGGGGGCCGACACUCGAAUCAGCCGCAGGCCGGCAAACAAGUCGAAGUUAGCUAGACGAACUGCCAGGAGUGGCAGUGCUCAAUCGAGAAGCGCGCGAGCGCGUGUAUGUGUGGUGUGUGGAAAAAAAUGAGAAAUAGAAAAAUAUGAAUCGAUCGACUUAUUGUCGAAUGGUGGUUGAUGCAUAACGAAGGAAUGAUAACACGAUGAAUACGAAAAGAAAAUGGCAAAUGUCGAAUGAAGAGCGUACUACGUAAGGAAAGGUGGAGCGCUACAUACGGCGGGCGGAGUGUGACCCACCAGCCUCCCUCGAACACCAAAAGGCUGUGCAAUCAACACCCCCUUGGGGGGAACCACAUUCCCAUCAAUGAAUUAAUAAUAACAAUAGUAAUUAGUGUUAUACAACAAUAUAUUAGUUGUGAGUAGUCGCUAUAUAUAUAUAUAUAUAUAAAGACGGAAAGGCAAAAACUUUAAGGAAGUGCACGUCUGCCCAGCCCGCCCUUCCGAAUUUUAUCUAUUCUGUUUUUAUUUUUUCCUCUAUUUCCAUCAGCACUUUCUCAUCCUCAUAACAACUCAGCCUUUCUUUCGCACCUUGUAGUUUCCCAUAAUGGUCACUGUUAUUGCCAUGAAACUCCUAUUUCUACCUAGUUAUAUACCACCCCAUUCUCUGCGUAGUUGACCCCAUUCUCUUGGAUUGACGCAAGUGCCCUUUGAUGGCAUCGUGCGCGCUAUUGCCGCCAGCGUGAACCCACGAAAGGCGGCCUUCGAUGUGCUCACUGCUUUAUCGUUGCUUUGACACGAUAAUAAUAUUAAUGAUAACGUGUACAGACGAAUGACUAUACAAUUCUGGAAGGUAAGAAAAAUUGAUAGUAGACGAUAAUGAUUAUAACACUGAAGGUAACAUUGCUAAUAAAAAGUAUAUUAAUAAAUGCACCCGAGAAUGCGCAUACAGCGAGCGUUAACAUGAAGAGCGUAUAUAUAUACAUAUAUAUAUAUAUAUAUAUAUAUAUAUAUAUAUAGAUUUUUAUUUAUAUAUAUAUAUAUAUAUAUAUAGAAUAGAAUAUUAAAAAUAUGAAAAAUGGAGCCAUGCGGAAAUGGAGGAAGAAUAAUCGAAGUAAAAGAGCGACAGACAAAAAAUGGUAUUAAUUAAAAGGGAAAGGGGCAUAUGAAUACUAGAAAUAGUAAUUAUAAUGAAAGAUGAUGACCACUGUGUUGCUAGAUAUUGUCUAUGUAGAAGUAAUCAGAGAGAAGAUUAUUAUGUUUGUAUGUAGAGAGAACGAGAAAGAAAGUCUAUAUUAACGCGUAGCGCCGCCAUCGUUUGCAUUACAACCGUUUGUCUACACUUGUCGCAAAUCGUCAAGCGACGGUGGACGUGCGCGCACAACCUCUACGUUGACGUGGAGUCUACGGGUAUAUUUUCAAUGUAUCUAAUGAAAUAACGACGAAAGACAUCUACACUAACGAUAACAAUAGAAAUACUAACCAAAUAUAUUAACGAGAUACAUUACUCAUAAACAAAAUUUAUAAACACAACAGACAAACCAAUCAAAACUUAUCGAAGUAGAAAGGGGAAGCAAGAGCUAAUAUUAAAAAAGUAAAGCUGAUAUAAAAUAAUUAAUGUGAAAGACUUGUCCUAUUGCCGUUUCUAUGUGAAUUCGUGCGUUUUUUGUUAGCGUUUGUGAAAAAAUAAUAAACCGUUAUUAUUUUGUAGUUGAGAAUAUUUGUCAUAGCAAUACCUGUAAAGCAUAUACAUGGGAACUGGCACUUACCCACUAUAAAAUUGUGGUUGACCUUAUUGUGCUCCUGAACUGAGUUGAAUCUGAAUGAGGUUAAUUAGGACAUAGAUACGUUCGUACGAACGAACAACCAAAACCAAUAAAAAGAUAGAGCAGAAAAUAAAAACGUCUACAGAGUUCAUGAAACCAACAAUUAAUCAAAAGCUGUUCUAUUGCUACAAUUGAUGGAAUCGACAUCAACGACAGUCCAUAUUGUUUAUUCAAGUCUUGCUAUUAUUGACAGUACCUUGUCUUUUCAACAGCACCUUUCAACACCAUCACAAUACAUGUACACGCCCACACACUCACAUUCACAUGCAUUGAUAAAUCAAUCAAUCAAUCAAUCAAUAAAAUCAAAUAUUGAAUCUGACACAUCAAAACAUGAGGCGAAAAAGAGAGAAAGAGUUAUGGAGAUAUGGGAAGCACUGUUUUUUUAAACUAAACGCGCCCCUAAACCCUGCCUGUCGUCUCGUGCGAGUCCAUAAUCUUAACGUUGUUGAAUGUCCAGCAUAAGCCUCAUUAUCCAAUCCGCUGUCUCCUACACAUGACCAGCUCACGUAACUAGUUGAUGAGCUCACCAAGCUAUCAUGCUGAAAAUAAAAUUUGUGGAACUUCUAUGUUUAUUGUACUGAAUUGACGCUAGUUAAUCGAAAUUAACUAAAACAAAAGCUUACGUCUCAUAUGGUCGAUUACAAGUAUCUAUUAGGGUCCUUAUUUGGAUGAAGUUCAAACAUAUCGGCAUUGAUGACGACGGCUAUAUAGCGCGACAGGUAAUUCAACCAAAUUAAUUUUUUACUAUUAAGAUAAGUAAGAAAAAACGACGAAAAAUAAGAUGCGACAACUUACUGAAAGCUCGCGUAAAAUGCCCGCAUGAUAUCUGGACUUGUUACCACCCACCCUCUGAUCUAUUAGAGUUUCCUGUUAGGAGCAAUCGUUUUCAAGUGUAGCGAGACGGUGGAUGUCACCAGCUGCGGCCUGCGGCAUCAUGUCUGAGCUUUUCUGCUGCGGUGCUCCGCGGUAUGUGUCCUCCCGGAGCACUGAAGGAAAAAAAGGAGUGUCGGAGGCAUUUCUACUAGCACGGGCAAUGCUCGUCAUGUUAAGCAAUGGACGCACUCUCUAGUCACCGCUUACCACUCCGUGCCCGAUUAAUACAACACUUGUGUCGUUAUCGCUAACUGCUGGCUAUAUACACGUACUGCUAUUAUUAUAACACCCUGAGCAUAGAUAUAUAUACAUAUAUAUAUAUAUAUAUAUAUAUAUAAUGAUGAUAACAGCUACGGCUUGUAAUAUUAUAAACCAAUUAUAAUCGAUUAAUAUUAUGGUAACGAUGAUGGUGAUUAUGAUAAUUGCGACGGCUAUUAUUCUUAUAAACUAUUGUCGACAGAGAACGAAAGGGAACUAACAGAGGAAACUUGAAUUAGACAAUGGCCAACAACAAAUAAGAACUCCUUGAAUAAAAAAACGUGUGCUGUCAACAUUUAUUAUGUUUAUUACUACUUCUACUGCAACAUCAUAAUGUGAGCAUCACGACAACAGAAGCGGAUCGAUUAGCAAAUCAAUUCAUUGGCCUAGUAACAGCUAUCGAUGAAGAAAUUCAGGAAAGAUAAGGCUGGUAACGGGAACUGCUAAAUUUCUAUUUACUUGAUAAUGUAGUAUCAAGGCCGUUAACGGCGACAAUGGAAAAUUGUAAUGGAGGCUGGCUUGGUUGCUUCAUAACAGACGCAAAUAAUAUGUAGAGAAAGGAACAUUGAGAAGGACGGCAUUAAGCAGUAGUAUGAUAAGGUAUCGUAUGAUGACGGCUCGACUUCAUGCUAUGAGCGCCCAUCGAAUUACCACGCCAAAUUAGCAAACAUUAUAAAUAUAUAUUCGCGAUUUCCGUAUAUAGGAAUGUGAAGAUUUUCACAAGCGGAUUGUUUGAUACGAUUGGCCGUCAAUGAAAGCAUAGUAUAAAACGAAUGGAUACAUGUUACUUAAACCGGGGGAGAUUCGAGAUUAACAAAGUUAUCAUUGAAUAGCAACUUAAGAAUAAACUAAUCGAGCUCACCGUUUAUAUGUGAGUGACACUCUCCCACACCUUUAAAGACGAUCGAUACAGCUACACAGUCAAUCAAACGCAUUGUAGAGAAAUUCUAAAGGGACAAACCCACGACUUCACAAUCAGCAAAUAAAAGGCGCGGGCAAAAAAGAAAGAGAUUAGCUUGACGUUAUCACAAGGUGAACAGCGACGUUUAUUUACAUAUACCUGCUCGAUUCAGUGAAUCUAAACUGAAUAAAGUUUAGUAAAGCGAUAUGCGGCAUUGUAACUCGACGGUGACCUUCGCACCUCAUUCUGUGUUUCUUUACUACGAUCUGUCAAUUUUCAUGCGUACGAGCGGAUAAUAACAGGAAUUAACGAUAAUGAUAUUAAUAAAUAAUUACAAUUACUAAAACCCCAAAAAAUGGAAAAUAAAAACAAAAAACUGUGUGUCCGCUACCCGGCGCUCUUUAACUGUCUGCCUACCGCCUGGUAGGACUUUUAUGUAACAAUGAGCAUUAUUAUUACUAUUAUUAUUAUGAUCUCUGUACUUUAUACAACAUGUUGUAAAUAAAGUUAUAUUUUCAAAAAUAUACUCUAUCGGGAUGCUUAUUUGAUGUAUAUGAUAGUUCACGGAAUUUUCUGGAAAUUUAGGGCUAUAAAAAAUUGAAGGUUCAUCUGAUGACCAUAACAACAAGGGUCUGUGCCACCCACACAAAGCAAACAGGUUUUAACAACGAAAGGCAUCAAACCCUCUGCGAACGUGAAUGCGGAAGCAGAAAUGUACCGUAUAGCUAAAAUAACUUUUAAAAAAAUUACGUUCUCUAGAUUGAAAUAACGUCGCUUGUUAGCCGUUCAAAAAUAGAUAUAAGCCUCCGUAACUGGUUGAGCUAAAAACCCUGAAUGAUUUUUCAGUGCCCAUCAAAGUUGCACUAGCACGUAGCGGGUCUUAUAUUGAGAUGUAUGGGUCAGAUCCAUUAAGAGGUUAAUACUAAAUUUAUUAUAAAUAUCGAAAUUUAGCAAUUUACUUUAUUGACGAAUUCGCGGGUCAAGAUUAUAUAGAUCUGCACGUGCUUAAUCAAGUUACAACUGGAGACAUUAAGCCUCGAAUUCGCCGGCGCUACUGUCUAUUCCGGACCGCAAAAUGUUAUAAACGAAUCCGGUGGACAUCGAAAUUAAGUAACUUUUUAACUAGUUGGGCCAGAGUGAUUGUUGUUAUACAUGUUCGAGAUAGUCUCAUAUAUUUUUUAGAGCGCUCUGAACAGCCAUAUAGCUACUAUCCGCGUUCCUGGAUGUGCUUUCUCUACCGAUAGCUUCUUAAGUUAAAUCGAUAGUGGAAUACACUUGACCAUCAGUUGCCCUUUUUAGGACAUAAAAAACCUCGUAGGCUGAUGCAUUUAAAACGAGAGAAUAACCAGAUUGAAAUCAAUGUUCAGUAUUAUUUUGCUUAAUGCAAGAAGAAGUUAGGGCAUGGCAACGAGGUUUGGUGUUGUUAUUAAGCGACCACAUUGCGUACGCUUGAUUGUCGUACCGAAGGUCUAUGAACCUCCGAGACAACUCGAAAUAGCAUUCAUUGUCUGAUUCUCCGCAUUGCCUUAUUGCUAUACAAGCAGAUGCAUCUCAUGUCCAUGAACCUACUCAACAUUGCCAUCGAACUCAAUUUCUAUUCAGGACAAAGCCAAGCUCUUAUCUGGUUUCUAUUUCACUAACGGUAGAGAUUAAAGCAUGUCUCAUCUAUAGCGGCCGUAUGCUCUACAUAGGCUUUUUGUUGAUUAAAGUUCUGCAAAUAGCACGUGGAAUACACCACGCGCAUUUCCAACUGGCCUCGAGUCAAUUUAGAAUAAACAAUUUUUUGUUCGGGAUUUUCAGUAUUCGGGUUCUGUAGCACGUUUUAUGUGAAAUGCCAGCUUCGGCUGACUCGAAGCCUUGCUUUCACAAAAAGCUUCCUCGAUUGCAGCAAUGCGUUCCCGUCCUUCGGGUCUUGUCACCUGGUCGCCUUUUUACCAACCUUCAACAGUUCACAGAACGUUUGCGCCAUUCACGUACUGUGUCUUCGUCUAAAGGUCCCUUGCCUAAUGGGUUUACCAAUCUUCAAUGGAUUUCUGCAACGCGGUUACCUGCUAGUAAAAGUGUAAUCACUAAGUGGUGGUUUUCAACACCAAAAUAUGUUUUACCUACUGAACUCAUUUGUUUUAAAGUAAACCGGUUUUUACCAGUAUAUUUCUAAAAAUACGGAACCUAUACCUGCAAAACUUCGCCCGCUAUGACCACACAGUUGAAAAUUACUUCAUUUCAAAAAUAACCAGAUUCGUUUAUAACAGCUUAGUACAUAGCUUAUCUUAGUGUUCCAUUAUUGUACAAUUGCCAAUCCAGUUCCGAACUAAAGCUACUCUCGGCAUACUGCGAGUGGGUUAAACAAAAUCAGGCAUAAACGAAAAAUAUCCGCCUGAAGCGCCUUACACUGAUCAGGAUGAGAGAGGGCCAUUUGGGUUGACAGACGUCAUCAACAAGAAUCGGUCGAGGACUAAUUAUAACAAUAGAUGACAGAGCUCUCAAAUAGGAAGUUCGUUCUCGUAAGUCAGAACAUAAUUAUUCGACUGACGGAGCGUCUUUGAGCCUCUCCAUUAGAGCCGAGCUUGUUUAGAGGAACGUGUGCCGAGUAAAUAUCAAUGGGCCACUAGUCAGAAAGUGGGCUGUGGCCAGUGCGCGAGGCUUGCCUGUUUCGCCGUUGAUGUAAAACAGUGGUCGCCUUUUUAUAAUCACAAAAAGCUCACAUACGAUUGUGCUUAGAAGUGACGAAGCUACGACUCAAGCAUCGUUUCCAUUGUGCCUACGAUCCAUUCAAGGCCCACUGUGCUGAGCGGCGAAACAGCAAGCGAAGUCCAACUAACGCGACUUCGAACAAGCAGCACGCGAAUCGUAGAGUCGCUGAUGGAACUAAUUAAUGAUUUAAUAUCGGUAGCGGUUUUUCAAAGAAGACGCAUUACCGAUAGUUUUCGUUCUCUUGUUAACGUCGAAGCAAUGGCCGUUAUAGGUGAUUAUCUGGAUACAACCUAAGUGUGUAGCGAGAAAACGCCGGAGGACAAGAGGAUUUGCUGUAAUAACAUCGAAUAUAUCGAAAUUUUCAGUACCAGAUGAGUUGAGUUUGUGCUCGCGCAAGCGAACAACGCAGUGUAGUUCAAGGCAUCUACUGCACAAGUCCGAGAGUAGAACUUAAUGGUGCGCGUUCCACCAUCCUGUUUGAGACUGACGAACGGUUCCAGCGAAGUAUUUUCCAUGACCCAACCGGCUGCAAUAACAAUGCAGAUCGAAUCCAGGAACUGCCGAAACAAUGCAGAGUGAACUGCUUACGAAGCUCAAGUUCCCUGGCCUAUAAUUACAUAGUUCAACUUUAGAACGAGCCUUUUCAGGCAAGCCAAGCCACAAAGUACCAAAUUACUAUUCAACAAGUCGGGGCG